CGGAGGACAAAGUUGAAAUGGUUUAAUUUUUUGUUCUGGUUAGUGUUUUUUUUAAGUUUAUUUUCUACAGGAUGGGGUUACUGACCUCAUGCUCAACCCUCCUCCUUUGUGUGGGCUUGAAACUGGCAAUAACUCUAGAAUAGUUAUAAUAUGAAUUUUUUAUGAUCACAGAGUAAAAAAUAAUAGCUUUAUAUGUAUAGAAUGUUCAAGUUUUUCUACGUAAACUGUAUAUAACAUACAAAUCAACCCUAAUCCUAAAGCCUUACCAGGAAUAAUUUUGUGAUUCGUAACAUCUCUACAUUUUAAUGAGGCUAUGAAACAAUGGAUGAUAGAUAAAUUGAAAAAGUGAUUAGGAAUAAAUAUUCUUGAUAAAAAGUAAUUAUAUUUCUCUUUAUAUCAGUUGUAUAAAAAGAUUUUACUCGUCAACAAGAGUUUGAUUGAUUUAUGACAAUUCAACUGGUUGAAAUCAUGAGUUAUUUGAAGCUAGACCACCAUGGAAAUCCUGGAAGCACUGGACGGCCGUUUCGUCCUAGUAUGCGAUUCCUCAGUAGUGCGCACCCACGAUCCCGCACCCCGCGAGAUCCGAACCCAGGACCUAUCAGUCUCGCGCCAGGC